UGUGAAAGUGUAAGUACACUUGACUUUCUCUGUCCUCACUCCUCCUGCAGUUGUACGCAUGGUCCCAGCGUGCACUUUGAGGCUGGUGGAGCUACACUAAGGACCCCCCUUGCUUUUGCCCUAUUACCUGGAGAAUCAUGGUAAUGUGCAUUCCCUCCUUUUAUCCCUCGGUCAUGCAGCAAAACUCACACACUCUCAAACAAGGUUGUUGAGAUUUGGAUAUAGACGCCCGGCAGCGCGCCCUGAUGAAACAUCCAGUUGACGCAGCAUCUGCCAUGACAUCUUACCAUCCUUUCCAAGCUCAUCGACCAGGUGCCUUGCCCUUGUCAGCCUUCUUUAACACCGCUCAGCCCUCGUUUUUCCCCGGGAUUGCUUUCCCAGGCGUAGCCUCGCUGUCCAUGCCUCUGCCGGAGCACGCUGCCUCUGACGCGGGGCUGAUGCGCGCAGCUCUGGGACGCCAGCAUCAUCCGGUAACUCACCCGCGGACACUGAAGAGCCUGCAGUCAGAGGAAGAGCUGGAGGAUGACCCGAAAGUCACACUGGAGUCGAAUCACUUAUGGACUGAAUUCCAUAAAAUGGGAACUGAGAUGGUUAUCACAAAAUCGGGAAGGAGGAUGUUUCCGGCUUUUAAAGUGCGAGUAGACGGGUUAGUUGAAACAGCGAAGUAUAUUCUGCUGAUGGACAUCGUCGCUGUUGAUGACUGCCGCUACAAAUUUCACAACUCCCGCUGGGUGGUGGCUGGAAAAGCUGACCCAGAGAUGCCAAAGCGCAUGUACAUCCACCCAGACAGCCCGUCCAAAGGAGAGCAGUGGAUGAGCAAGCCCGUCGCUUUCCAUAAACUCAAACUCACCAAUAAUAUUUCGGAUAAGCAUGGAUAUACAAUAUUGAAUUCCAUGCAUAAAUACCAGCCCAGGUUUCACGUUGUGAGGGCCAACGACAUCAUGAAGCUUCCAUACAGCACCUUUCGGACUUAUGUCUUCCCUGAGACAGAGUUCAUAGCUGUCACUGCGUAUCAGAAUGAAAAGAUUACACAGCUGAAAAUAGACCACAAUCCCUUUGCUAAAGGAUUCAGAGACACAGGAAAUGGGAGACGAGAAAAGAGAAAUAAGCAGUUUACCAUUUCUCCGCUGCACGAGAACCAAGGCAAAGCGGACCAGGACUAUGCUGAUUCUGAUGACUCGUGCGAGAACCCCAGUACCAUAGAUCCCUUGUAUUCCCCUCGCGAGCUUGUGAGCAGCCCUCUGAUGUCCACACCAACCUGUCAAGAUGACAAUAAUAUCGGAAGUGAAUCAGAAAUUGAUCUACAAGAUGAGGACAUUGCCGAAGCCAGUUGUUCGAGGAUUGAACAUACUUUGAGCGACGACAAUCAGGACUUAACAAAAGAGAGGACAAGCUUCCCAACAUCAGAGAAGAUGUACUCUAUGGAGAUUGAUUCUUUGAAAAAGCACACAAGCGGAAUCAUAGAUUCAGUUCUACCUAUGAAGUUUCAAACGCAAAUAUCACCAUCCCUCAAUUGCGAUUACCUUCAGACUUUGGAUUACUCGAGUGCGCAGUGCCAACAGUUUCUCAAACUCGGGGCGCCUUUGUUGUUUCAUCCGGGACAGUUGUCAGGGAAGCCAGAGGGUGUGUUGUCAGCUCUGCCUGGAGAAGAAAAUGGAGGACUGACAUCUCAAAGCAUCGCAUCUUCAUCGCCCUUCAUGUUUCACCUUUCACAGCAGAUGCUUGCAUCUCAGGGAAUCUCACUGUCACCCUUUGGAGGACUGUUCUCUUAUCCAUACGGCUACAUGGCAGCACCAGCUCUCCCCGCCUGUUCUGCGACCUCCACGCUGGCCAGGAACCAGUGUUUCCGCAGCUCUCGGCCUUGGUUGCGAUUCAACCCUUAUCAGAUCCCCACCACCCCUGCCACCUCAGGCCAAAACAUGCCUACAACCAGAUCGCCCGGAAGCUUCAACACCCAACGAGAGCUGUCCAAAUCAGGGAGCAGAGAGUCAAGUCCAGUGUCUCACAAAACCAAGGCCAAGCAGAUGGCUGCUCCACCGAAACACAUUAAGGGUUCUAAUAAUGACAUUCAAACCUCACCUAAAGGACUUCAAAAAUCACUUCCUCCACAAUAGACUCUCCUAUAUGUUGUUAGCCAGUGACGAACACGGACAACUUUGUUACAAUACACAUAGUUAUCACCUAACAUAGCAUUUUUGUCGGAGAAACUGCAUGCAUCAAUAGACCUUGCUAAUAAACACUGAUUUUGUGAUCUAAAAGACACCCACAUAUUUUACCAUGAGGCUUAAUUAUAUUGACUCGUUUUUUUGUGCUAUGAAACAUUUAUAUAGAAUCAUUUGCCUGCUGUUGUACCAAUGGUAAAUGUCGAAAUUACAUCAAAUAUAUACAUUUUUAACCAAAAAACAUCAGGGUGUCUUGAUUUUUAAAAACAUUAAAUCAAUGCUUAUUGGAAAGUUCUAUGUUGUAAAAAAACACCUAUUAAAAUGCUCAUAGAUAUUCCUAUAGUAAAAAAUGAGCAAUGCAAUACUCAAUGGCCAAAGUGGAGUGCUCUUGGACAAUCAUUUGCUUUAUAUAUAUCUUUAUUCGGUAUGAUGUGUUAAUAGUUUUUCUUGUCAUUUGAGUUUCCAGAUUUGGUACAAAUUAAGACUAAUCAAAGCCUUGUGAGACUGUAUACUGAUGAUCACUGUUAAACCUGCCAUUGAGAUAUGAACAAAUCGUAUUCCACCUGUUCACAGUUUCAUAUGAUGUACCAAAGCUGCAUCGUGGAUUGGGAGGGAAAACUCAGGAUUCUUUUUUUCUUACGAAAGU